UUGGAAAAGGAGUUCAAACCAACGUCUGCCCUUCGCCUGCGCCUGCGGUCACACCGCACUCGCGCGCGCGCACCCCUCGCCGAGCUUUGAUUCCGACGAGGACCAGCCAAAAUCGUAUCUCGGAUGAAUCUUCGGUCGAAACGGGAACCGUUUAUGGGUUUUACUAAUGCUGAGGUUCAGAAAAUGGAGCAGAUGCUCAACGAAUCUAAAGUUCGGUUGCUGGAUGUGGAUUUCUACAAGGAACUAGCGAGACGAUUCAACCGAUCCAGUAGUCGAGCAGGGAAGCCUCGUUUGAAGUGGACUGAGAUUCAGAGUUGGUUUCAGACGAAUCAACAAAGCUGUUCCUCUAGAGGGCCUUUAUUUGAUGCAGCCGAAAAGUCACAUCUUGCCCCGGGAGCUCUUUCUCAAAAGGAAACAACUGGAAAUCCAAAGAUGCCGGAAGAUGGAAAGAACCAAAAUAUGUUAAAAAAAUUGGAAUUUGAAGCCAGGUCAUCGCAAGAUGGAGCUUGGUACGAUGUCGAUGCAUUUCUCUCCCACAGGGUUCUCAGUUCAGGAGAAACUGAGGUUUAUGUACGAUACCUCGGAUUUGGAGCAGAGGAAGACGAAUGGGUUAAUGUAAAAACCGACGUGAGGGAACGGUCAGUUGCCUUAGAGCAUUACGAGUGCCAGAAAGUCAAGGUUGGGGAUCAAAUUCUAUGCUUCCAGGAGAGACAAGAUCAAGCGAGGUACUAUGAUGCUCAUGUAAUUGAGAUCCGGCGAAGAUUGCAUGAUAUCAGAGGGUGCAGGUGCCUUUUCUUGAUCAAAUACGAUCACGACAAUACACAGGAUCGAGUGCCUUUGACGAGACUGUGCUGCCGGCCGAGCAUGCUGUCCGAGGACCGGGUAGCGAGUAACUAGACGUACAAACGAAUUGAACUGUGGCGGGUCUCUCAGUAAGGAUUUGUUUCGGAGAUAGCUAACUUGGUAAUUAACAUGGUAAACUUGACUCGAACUUGAACUUGAACUCUUGACUUUUUUUUAUUUUAAUUUUUCUAAAAAUCUUAUAUUGAUAUAUUAUUAUGAACUGUGGUGUCGACGAGCAUUGUGAUGCUCCGUUCGUCUUGUCUUUGGUAAUGCAUGCUCUUUAUUAUUGGUCAA